AGCGAGGAAGACAAUGAUAGAAGAAUAGCCAUUAGCAGCUGUUGAUGACUUUCUAACAUACGCCUCGGUAAUUUCUAAAACUUGAUUCAAAGUUGGGAAGACGCAUAGGAGAUCAGAAAUCAUGAAAGACUGGCACUGGAUACCCUUUCAUAGAGCAACCUGCCCCUCACCAAACUGUCCAUCUUUUAAGAUGUCUCAGUCUACUGUUGUUGAGGAAGGAGGCACCUUGGAGCACCUGUGGAGCUCUCUAGAGCCAGACAGUACCUACUAUGAGCUUCCUACAAACAAUCAUAGAGGUGAUCAUCCAGUAGCCUCUACCAGCACUCCAGGGAAUCACCGAAACUGUGCAGAGGUCUCCAUGGACGUUUAUCACAUCAGAGAUAUGAACGACAAUGUGAUGUCCCAGUACAACUUGCUGAGCAGCAGCAUGGAGAGCCUGGGGAGCCGAGCCACGUCCGCUAGCCCCUACAGCUCCGAAAACACGUCUUCAUCGGCGGUACCCACCCCCUCGCCUUACUCCCAGCCCAACUCUACCUUUGAAGGCCUGUCCCCUGCCCCAGCAAUCCCCUCCAACACCGACUACCCGGGGACGCACACCUUCCAGGUGUCCUUCCAGCAAUCCAGCACCGCCAAAUCUGCCACAUGGACCUACUCGCCUUUACUGAAGAAGCUGUACUGUCAGAUUGCCAAAACCUGCCCAAUCCAGAUCAAGGUGUCCUCCUCUCCUCCUCAUGGCAGCAUCAUCCGAGCAAUGCCAGUCUACAAAAAGGCAGAGCAUGUCACGGAGGUGGUCAAACGGUGCCCGAAUCAUGAACUUGGACGGGAAUUCAAUGAUGGUCAAACAGCCCCAGCCAGUCACCUGAUCAGAGUAGAGGGAAACAACCUUUCUCAGUAUGUGGAUGAUCCUGUCACUGGUAGACAAAGUGUCUUCGUGCCCUAUGAAGCUCCCCAGGUUGGGACUGAGUUCACUACCAUCCUCUAUAAUUUUAUGUGCAACAGCAGCUGUGUGGGCGGGAUGAACAGGAGACCUAUCCUCAUCAUCAUCACUUUGGAAACUAGAGAUGGCCAAGUGUUGGGCAGACGAUCAUUUGAGGGUCGGAUAUGUGCAUGUCCUGGAAGAGACCGCAAAGCUGAUGAGGAUCACUUCAGGGAACAGCAGGCCCUGAAUGACAGUGUGGCCAAAAACGGCAGUGCCAACAAACGCAAUUUCAAACAGAGUCCUCCAAAUAUUCCCAGUCCAAAUAUCAACAUAAGAAAGAGACGACACGGAGAAGAAGAAAUUUAUUAUAUUCCUGUUCGUGGGAGGGAGAAUUUCGAGCUUCUGAUGAAGAUUAAAGACAGUUUAGAGCUGGUGGAGCUGGUGCCGCAGCCAUUGGUGGACUCCUAUAGACAGCAAACACAACAGCAGCUGCUGCAGAGACCGAACCAUAUAGCUUCCCCAUCCUCUUAUUCUCCAUUGUCCAACAUGAACAAGAUGCAUUCACACAGCAGUCUUGGAAAGACACAAUCCGUCAACCAAAUGGUGGGGCACCAACCUCAGCAGCAUCCCACUGCAAACCCCACCAUCGCUCACAUGGGUCCCAGUAUGCUCAACAGCAAUCACAUGCAGGGUAACGGUGACAUGAACAGUGGCCAUAGCAGCCACAAUAUAGUGUCUGCCUCCCACUGCAGCCCUCCACCUUAUAACCCUGACCCCGGCCUUGUCAGUUUUCUCACCAGUCUGGGCUGUCAGAACUUCAUUGAGUACUUCACCUCACAAGGCCUCCAGUCUGUCUACCAUCUCCAAACCCUUACAAUGGAGGAUUUAGGUGCUCUUAAGAUACCUGAGCAGUCUCGCCUCACUAUCUGGCGAGGUCUGCAGGACAUGAAACAGGGAACCGCUCAUCAACUUCCCAACUCCAGCCACCACCAUGAAUACCACGGCCAGCAGCUGCUUCGCUCCAGCAGCAACAUGGCCGCCUCUGCAAUGGCAGCUAUUGGGGCCACUGGCGGCGAGCUGCAACGUCAGCGGGUCAUGGAGGCGGUGCAUUUUCGCGUCCGCCACACAAUCACAAUCCCUAACAGGUCUGGGGUUGUGGGGCCAUCGGGGAUGGCACCGGCUCCUGAUGAAUGGGCAGACUUUGGGUUCGACAUGCCGGACUGCAAAGAGUCCAGAAGCAAGCAUUCCAUCAAGGAGGAAUUCAUGGAAAGCGAUGUUCACUGAGACUGCAUUUCCAUGUAUACAUCAUUUAAAUGCUUGUUCAUGGGGUCUGUUAAGAUGCUUGGAGGUUUUGAGUGUUCUUAUUUUUCCCAAAGAAUUAACUACCUUUUUAUUUUGGGAUUACUCUGUGUAGCUUAAACAAUUAGUUUCUCCACAAGUACCUUGAGAAAUAACCAAGCAUUUUUGACAAAACUUACAUGUUUUGUCUUGUUAAACUUUAUUUUCCCUCACAAUGUUCUCAACUUGUAGAAUGCCAGCUGCCAACUUGCAAAUUUAGUUUUUUUUUUCUUUGACAUAGGAGCAUUUCUUGGUUAAAUUAUUUAUUUUGCAUUGUGUUUUUCUUACCUUGUACAAAUGUAUUUAGUGUAUCUUGUAAAUGUUUUUGGACUAGAUGUGGUUUUAAGAGUAUUUGGAUUCUAAAUGACGCAUCUCCUGUUUGAAACUAAUGUUUAGAGCUGAACAGUAAGUCAAAGCUAUAGCUAUCAUACCACAGUCAUGUAUUUUUAUUAACUAUAAUAACUCGAGUGACUUUUAAUUAAAUAUGUUUUAAUGUCAUUGUUGAGAUUAGAUUCAUGUACUUCAGCUUUACUGAGGUAACUGUAUAUGUUAACAAGUGUUCUAGCUUUUACGAUUUGAUAUGUUGUAAAAUAUCCUGUUUAUCCUUAUUUUUAGCAACUGAUCCACAAACAGCAGAAAAUCAAAGCUUUAGAAACAGUAUUAUAUUGAAAUGAAUGGAUUUUAAUUAGUUAUGUAAAUUAUAUUUUAGACUAGUGUCCCUGUUUUUCAAGAAGCAUUUUCUGAGUAGCUUGUAAAUCCUUGCGGGGCAAGGCUCAUAUGUGUCGAGUACUGCAAAAAAUAGUCUGAAAAAGUCUUAAACCAUCCCUCAAGUUAGGAAAGACUGAAAAACCCUUCAUUGAAGCUCUUUUGAAAUAAUACAUGAAUGCCCAGCUCCUCAUAAGGAAAGUAAAAAAGAUGGCUUAAGACUUUUUCAAAGUAAUUUGUGUACUGUGUCUUCAUGACUGAUGUUUAGGACUGCAUUCCAGUUUUUUUUUUAUUUCUAGUUUUCAAAUCAAAAAAAUAAAUAUUGUUUCACUUCCUCGUGUCUUUGCAGAAUAUGGCAAAAUAUCCCUGAUUUACAGUCAUUUUCUAAGGUACUUGGCAAAAUAAUUAUUUUGAUCACUUUGUGAAAGAACAAGCACUUUAAAUGCUAUAAACAUAAAAGUCCAAAUGAUCAGUAUUAAGCACACGCCUUUUCGAAAUGUAAAUAGAAAUGUGUUUUGUUUUAAUAUUCUAAUCAAAUUGCCCUUCUUUUUUUGUACCAGCUUUGUAAAACAAUACUGUAAAAGAUGUACUUGUUCUUCAGUGUAACUUGUUUUAAAAAAGUGUUUUUCUUUAAAGCAUUGUUUCAAAUAUCCCCCUCCUCAAUGUC